AUGUCUGACCGGCUCGACGCAAGCCACGACGCGCCGUCGUCGCCGUCGCCGGCGGCGGGCGGCCUCAGUCCACUGCUACGGGACCACGCGCUGCUCAGCCCGCUGGAACAGGAGGUGCUGGACGAGUACGCGAGGCUGCUCGAGAACAUGACCAAGGACAGCCUUUCCCUCGACGCGCCGCCCCGGCCCAAAGACCGCCGUCCGUCCCCCCAGCCCAAGGACAAAGACGCCCGCCGCUCUCCCCGCAAGCACUCGCACGACGACGUCAAGGCCCGCCGUCCCGCGAACACCGCCACCACCACCACCUCCUCUUCCCACGCACCGCUCAUCGACGUCUUCGCCGACCCGCAGGAUUCCAAACUACCCGCCUCCAAGCGCCGUGAGCGACGCCGCCGCAACUCCGAGUCGUCCGUCAUGGAGCGUCCCAAGGCCCUCGACGCCGAAGACGACCGCCGCCGUCGUGAGCACAAGCCCAAGGAUCGUGACGGCAAGCCCCGUGAGCGCUCGCACCGCUCGCGGAAGAACAACAGCUACAAGCUGGACAUCAUCGAUAAACUCGACGUAACCAGCGUCUACGGCGGAGUAUUCCAUCACGAUGGCCCCUUUGACGCUUGCAAUCCUCAUCGAAACCGUAAGAACCUCCGCAACGCCCCCAUGCAGGCUUUUCCCAAGGACUCCCGGAACAUGGCCCUGGGAGGCGCCGGCCCCAACAACAGCGAACUCGACCUCAACCUCUUCCACGGCCGGGGCGAGGAAGGCUACGCCGACUUCUCCAAAUCCACCGUGCGGCCGGAACGAUUCGACCCAACCGCCCGAGUGGAACCCAUCCACGGUGCAGAGAGCAUGGGGCUCGGCACGUCCACCUUCCUCGAGGGAGCGCCGGCCAGCCGCGCCGCCAUCGAGCGUCGCCAGAGCGAGAACGAGGUCGACGCGGUGCAGGCCGGCAACGGCGGGCUGCAGCGCAAGAAGAGUUUGGCGCAGAAGAUCCGGGGCAUCAACACGCGCGGCGGCGCGGCGGGCCGCGUGACCUCGCCGGAGCCGCUGCUGCGCGUGUCGCCGCUCGGCUCGGGCAAGCGCACCGACAAGAACCCGUUCUUCCAGGACUACGACGAGGCCUACGACCUGAAGAGCGCGCGCAUCCAGGAAGUCGUCAACGACGCGAAAAAGAACGGCGGGCCGCGGCCGCGCUCCGCCAGCAGCCCCAAGUCCAUUCAGCGCCGCAACACCAACGAUGGCGUGACGCCGUCGCACGCCGCUGCCGCUGCCGCCGAGGCCAAGCCGAGCUCCAGCGGCGCUGGCAUCGGCGGAGGCCUGAUGAACCGCAUGAAGAGUCUGCGAAGACCGCGACCGGAGCGACGGACCACUGUCACGGACUCCCAUUAA